ACCCAAACAAAUAAAAUGAGAAAACAGAAAAUACAAAUUUGAUUGCAUCCUCCACCUACAUUACAUCUCACCAAGCACUGACACAACCUUCUCACCAAAGAAUAGGCACAACUCAUUUGCAGAAACACUAAAAAUUUUAAACAACUCGUUUGCAGAAACACCUAGAUCUUUUUUUUGUUAUUUUUUUUUCUUUUUCGAACGAGCAACAUGACGACGAGACCAGAUUUUGCACAGAAGCUGCUCAAUGAUCUUCGGCAGCGGAAGGAAAGGAUGGCUGCCACACAGAAUUCGAGUAGACAGUCGAGUCAAGCAUCUAGAGUUACACGUGGAAGUGCCGGGCAGACAUCAAGAGGCGCACGACAAAUGAAUGUCCUAGAUUCCACUGGUUCUAUGACAGGAAACACUAGCAGAAGGUCCACUGGAGGCAGCAGAUCAGUCAAUACGAAAGAAACUGCAAGCCAGCUCGUUCUCUACGAGGGCGGGCAAAGCUCAAGGCAAGUCAGGGAUCUGUCCAUGGCCAUAGCUUUUGCCUUUGAGAAUAGUGGAAAUCUCAGUAGCAUUGGCGGUUCCAGCAGUAAUCCACUAGUAAAUUUCUUCAACCGUUUUGGUCGAAGAUCGCCAAACUCCAGGAAAAUGGAGACUACCAGCUUCUACAAUCACAGCUCAGCGGCUCAGUUUCCCACAGGCUCUCACAUCCAUGUCAAUGAAAUAUCAAAAGGGGUUCACAAGCUAAACCAGAUUCUAAGUGCCUGCUCCAACGGCCUUAACUUGGACAGAAACUCGAUAGAAAUUGGGAGAGAAUUGUUGAAAGGUGCCAUUGAUUUGGAAGAGUCCCUGAGGAUGCUCGUGAACUUACAGGACGCUUCAGAAUACACGAACGGGUCACAGAGGAAAGGUCGUAUAAAGUUACUGGAGGAGGAUGAGGAUGAUGAAGAUGACAAUGAGAAAAGAGUCGAGCAGUGGAAACUGGAUAGGCCUAGAUUCUCCUUUGAUAAAACCUCUGGGAACCCCCGAGCUGUCCAAGGUGCAACAAGACGGCAACAACUAGCCCUACCAUAUAAACAUGAAACUUCGGAACAACCUAUUAUCAGCAACUCGCAGCUGGUUCCUCAUAGGCGGUCUAAUAGCUAUGUCCAAGAUUUCAGUCUCUCCCCACAUAAUAACCUAAGCUCAUCAAAGUCCACUCAAGAGAAGGGAAGGAUUUCAAAUGUCAUAGCUAAACUUAUGGGGCUUGAAGAAAUUCCUCUGAAGGAGGGCUUGAUAGGCGGGAAAAAUGAUUCAAAGGGGAAGGGUUUGAAGCAAGGGAAAGUUUCAAGCGAAAGUGCUAAGCAGAAAAAACCUUUGACUAGAGAGAGUAGGAAUGGAUCUGAUCUUAGCACCAACACGAAGUUGAAUUCAACCAACAAUUCCCUGCCAAGAAGAGAAUCCAAGCAACAAAUCAAACCUGAAAAGAGCCAGGAAACACUGGAUGGCGGCUCUAAAAUUGUAAACUCCGAGAGGAACCAGCCGCAGAAAGAUUUGAAAAUGCAAGCAGUUGGCAUGGAGGCAGCGCCAGAGCUGAAACCAGCAAACAUCGUGAUGAAGAAACAACAAAAUCACACGAAUCAUGUCAAUGGACUCACAAGCUUUAAAGACAGCACGAGGAAACAAACUCAUGGAGAGGAUAAACAGAGCAAAGCCGUUGAGGGAGAAGGAAAAAUGCUAGUCUUGAAUACUGAGCUGCAGAAAAGGGCACAAAGCAGCAUAAUGCUCAAAGCAGAAAACAAAACAAGCAAUAGGAUUGAGCAAGAGUUCCGUGCAAAUUCGCUAGAAAAGAGGAAUGCAAACAACUAUGUUGCACAAAAUCAACAAAAUGUCCAGGAUCAACAUGCAGUCCUUCAAGAACAGGUGCCUAAAAGACCUGAUCGUUCUGUUGUAGACCAUAAACCUCAGCAGCUUCAGAAACAGGCAAAAAUCCAUGAGGCCCAACAAGUGGAACACAUAAAUGCUCCAAAAAUCAAGAGAACUACAGCCAUGAAUCUGCAGAAGAAGUUAUCACGUGACAAAUCCACUCCUGGUGAUGGGAGAUCCAUUAAACUGAUUGAAAAAGUUCCCUUGAGAGACCCAGUAAACAGACGACAUCAAGAUGCUGCCCUCAUAAUUGAUAACUUGCAGAAGACUGCAGUCUAUCAACAAAGUCCCAGGUUAGAAAGACAAAGUCAUGAUUCAUGCAAAACUGAAAGAGAGCUACAAAUUGAUAUCACAAAAGGAAGUAGCAAUCCACUGCUAGCAGAAGCAAAGCCAAUAGAGAUCUCAGCCACACAGAAGAGAACUGGUACCGGGAAAGUUCAGAGAAGAGAGAUUCCUGAAAAGAUAGAAGUACUGUUCACUAGAAGAAAUGCCACUGGUAAUCGCCUUACAAGAUCCACAAAAAGACCAGACAACAUGUUGAAAGGUCUGAAACAGCAGAUGCAAAACAAAAACCGCGGAUCCAGAAAAAUGGAGGAACCCAGCAAUUGUAAGGUCAAGGAAGGAAAAGAAGGCAUCAGUGCAUCUAAUGCAUCAGAAAUGGUCACUGAACCAGUGACAUUGGAAGUAAAGUUAGAAACUAAAGAUGACAAGACAAUCAUAUUAAACAGCACUCUUGCAGAUGAAUUCCAAAAUCAGAACAUGCAGAACAAACUCGAUCUCAAUAACAAAGGUGACUCUAUAGUCUCCAACUCUAUAGAUGUAUCAAAUGAUCUCCAGAUGGAGGAACAGCUUGCUGCACUUAAGGAUGAAGAAGAAUUCAACAAAGGUGUUCAAAGAUUAGUAUUGGAUAUUGCAGACACUCGUAAAGAAAGCACUGAACUAGAGCUUCUUCAACAUGGAUACAUGCAAUUUCCAGCAUUGAAUAAACAAGAGCAACUGACAGAACCAGAGAAAAACCUCAAGGAGACAGUCAUAAAAAGUCAGAUGUUCCUAAGUACGGCAGAGGCUCUCUUCAAGCUCAAUAUACCUGUCAGUUUCCUUCAUGCUGGCGAUCAUGAAAAUGAAGUGUCAGGCAAGAAGCUUGUGUUAGACUCUGCAAAUGAAGUAAUGAAGAGAAAAGCAAGGCGGCACGAAUUCACAUAUAAUCCCUACAUGAAGACUACAAUAAGUAAUAUAAAACUAAGGUCCUUGGAUGACUUGGUCAGGCAACUCUGCAAAAAUUUGGAAUUACUAAAGUCCUAUGGCAUGAAUGGGAGUGAUGAGUGCGAUGUAGCAGCUGGACUACAUAAAAUGCUCAACAAAGACAUUUACAAUGAGGAUCCUGAUGUAAACUGCAUGUGGGAUUUUGAAUGGAGCAGAAUGAUGUCCAUAUUUCCUGAAAUGGAAGCUGUCGUAAAAGAUGUAGAAAGACACAUGCUGAAUGGAUUGCUUGACGAGAUAACCAAUGACCUUUUAGUUAUAACUGUUUCCGCUUGAUUGUUUGAGCCAUAACUGAUUUUGUAGCUAUAUGCAGAUUCGUUGUGAAUCUUGAAAACAGGGUUUUGAAAGUAUAUACACAGUUAUUGCAUCAAUUUGUUGCCAA